UGUUCGCUGGAGAAUAUAAAGGCAGCUGCGCAGUCACAAUACUAGACAAGACAUCAAAGACAAUACUUUAUUAAAGACCAGACGGCAGAGGAAAAUAAUAUAUCUGCAUCUUAGAACAUUUAACGCUCUUCAACAUAAAGUCGGAACUGUAAUCUUCUUUCGGCACUGUUGAUUUAAACUGUCGAGAAUGCCUUUUCUUGGACAGGAUUGGAGGUCCCCCGGUCAGAGCUGGGUUAAAACUGAAGAGGGAUGGAAAAAUUAUUCUUCAGACGACAAAAACAGCAAUGACUCAGACGUGAGCUAUUGCAAACCAGAGGAAGAGUGCUUCCAGGAGAAUGUGCUGCUGGCAUACGACAUGGCAGUUAAGAAGAGAAGGAAAGACUUCAUGAACACCAACACAAAGAUUCCUUAUUUCCACAAAGAGAAAUGGAUUUAUGUUCACAAAGGAAGCACUAAAGAGCGCCAUGGAUACUGCACACUGGGAGAAGCAUUCAACCGGCUGGACUUCUGCAGUGCCAUCAAGGACAGCAGGAGGUUCAACUACGUCGUACGGCUGCUGGAGCUCAUUGCCAAGUCUCAGCUGCCCUCGCUCAGCGGAGUGGCUCAGAAGAAUUACAUGAACAUCCUGGAGAGAGUGGUGCAGAAAGUCCUAGACGACCAGCAGAACGUUCGUCCCAUCAAGGAGCUUCUCCAGACCCUGUAUGUGUCUCUGUGUGGCCUGGUGCAGGAUAUGGGGAAGUCUGUUCUGGUGGGGAACAUCAACUGUUGGGUCCACCGCAUGGAGAACAUCCUACAGUGGCAACAACAGCUGGACAACAUUCAGAUCAACAGGCCUGUGUCUAAGGGUAUGACCCUAACGGACCUGCCUGCCAGCUUGCAGCUGAACAUCAUGGAGCAUCUGUCAGAUGGCAGGGACCUGGUCAGUCUGGGACAGGUGACUCCAGACCUGGGACAGCUCACUGAGGACAGGCUGUUGUGGAAGAGGCUCUGCCAGUACCACUUCACUGACCGACAGAUCCGUAAGCGUUUGAUGGUGUCAGACAAGGGUCAGUUGGAGUGGAAGAAGAUGUACUUUAAGCUAUGUCGCUGCUACCCUGUCAGAGAGCAAUACAGCGAAACCCUGCAGUUCUGCACACACUGCCACAUCCUCUUUUGGAAGGAUACGAACCACCCUUGCACAGCCAACAACACAGAGAGCUGCUGUAAGCCAGUUUCUCCACAAGGCUUUAUCAACCUCUUCAAGUUCUGAGAGCCACACAGAGCCUGAUGGACUUUGUACAUACAGUACAGAACUGUUCAUAGUGCAAUUGAUGGAUUCAGACAGGCCCUGAGUUUGUGUAUAGUGGUGAUGGUGCAUUUGAUUCCUGGUCACCGUGACACUGGGGAGAGGAAGCAGUGGGGAAAUCAUGCAAUCAAAUUCUUGGUUGGGAGAGCUGAGGAUUCUGGGAGAUGGACUUCUACAGCUGAGAACAAGUGAAUGUGACAAACUGAUCAAAGGGAGGUGGAACAAGAGGGGGAUGAGGCGAAACAGAGUACUCUGAAGUUUAUUAAAUAAGUUUGGUCCUUUUUUUAUUUAAAUUCAAAUGAAAUGCACUUCUCUUCCUAGCUGAGUUAUAACAUGGCUACCGUAACGGCAUACUAAGUUUAAACGUUUUCCAGAAAGGAGGUAAAUUGCAAAAGUGAAUGUUUAGUUUUAAAUAGGGCUGUCAAACGAUUAAAAUAAUUAAUUGAGUUAAUAGAAUUAGUAAUAAUUUAAGAAUUUGAUCAAAUUUGGCCCUUAAAAACAAUUUGUUAAUUUUAAAAAGCAGUGCAUUGAGUUAUAGGCAUACUAUGUUUUGAUUGUAAGGGAAAGAAACAAAAUAAUCUGUGUCAGUGUUUUUUAAUGGCAUUUUCACUAUAAACAACACAAAAGUCACUGCUAACAUACAGAUAUUAAUGUUCCCAAUGUUUCAGUAGGUCUCCUCCCUCUUAUCAAUGUUCUUGAAGUUUAACACUUGCUCGUUUGCUACAAACAGACACAUGCACUCAAGUACUGAAAGCUUCAGGCAUGCCUAAUGAGUGUUUUAACAAUUUCUGAUUGAAGGGUUGACUAUAGGAAAAAAAUAACUGUAUCCAUGGAGACAAAGAGCUUUUAAACCUGUCCAAUGUUAGGACUUCCACAGAAUACAUUAACAACAGAUCAGCCAGGUCUGAGUUCAUGUAAAAUAUCAUCCAGCUAUUAGAUCUAGCCUAGGAUACUUAUCCAUGUUCUUCAACAUGAACUAGUCACAAGCUGCUACUACUAGAAUUGGGAUCAUUUUCUGAACUCUUUUAACCUGAGAACUAAAACAAAAACAGUAUCUAAAUGGAAUGGAUUUCCUGCUUUGAUUAAAAUCAUUGUGGGAAGUUAGCUAGCUAGUUCAAUCAAGAGGCAUUCAGCCAUGGCAUUGUAAACAUUAUUUUGGUUAGCUAGCUAACGUUAGCAUAACUAGCUAACUGCUUCUGUACAAAUUAUGUUUUUGCUGUUUUCUAAAGAAACGCCUGGAAUAUGUUUAUGGUUUAACUUUAUGUACGUUUUCCUUAAACUGUUGCUCAAAGCUGUGCGCAUAGCGCACCACAAGGGACAAACAGCGCUACUGAGAUCGAGCGCACACUGACUGCGCAGAGUGACGGUGCACAGACCGUGUUGUGUGUUGCGCUUAAAACGGUCCGUGCGGAAACGCGCUCAAAAGGGUCCGUGCGGUGAACAAAUGGAGAUUCAAUUAACGGUGUCCAAUAGUUUUUUACGGCAUAAAAAAUGUCACGCGUUAUUAACGAGUUAACUUUGACAGCCCUAGUUUUAAAACAUAAUUGUUUCAUUUUCAAAUAGAAAAAAGUAGGGAAAUAUAUUAACUGAUUUGAAGUUUGAAAUUAGUUUGGCUCAAUUUCAAGUAAAACUAAUUUCAAAGUUUUAUGUGUUUAAACAUUUUUGGAAACUCAUUAUUUGACUUUUUUGAUGCUCUGGGAAAGUGGAGAGAGAAAUCAGGCUCUAGCUUUGACAUGGGGGUCACAUCUUGGGAGAAUGUCGUUAUUUUUUUUUUACUAAGGUGUUUUCCACUAAAGUUGACUGGUAUGAUAUUCUUUGAUAUGGUGACUGCAUAUCUUUUCUAAAUACCCCCCUUUUUUUCACUUUUAUAUGUUUGAUAUUUACAAAGGUUUUUAUAUGAAUGUAUUGUAUUCUGCUUGUGUGUAGUGACUAGCUGCUAAUGCUUUAACAUCAGAAUGUAGUAUUAUUACCAACGAUAUUACAAAGACACUGAAUAGUAAUAAUAUUAGAGAUGGUGGUGAGCCCUACAAGAGCAGCUGGUGAAGAACAGGAGUGGGAUGUUUUCAGAUUGUGUUAACUUUGUCAUCUAGGAGGCAUUUAUUUACAAGAAGAACUGACAUGGUACUGAAGGAGCAGCUUUGAAAACCAAUAUAUUAAAAAGCUUGAAGGACUUUAAUGAUUCAAAACAUGUUUAUUUAUGGCUUCCUGCAUGAUGCUGCUUUUUUUUUAUACCCAGAUGUUUUUCUUUUCUAAAUUAUUUGUGUUUCUGGCAUAUUGAAUAACCUGUGUUGAUGGGUGGGUAAAGGAAGCAUGAUGGAACUACUUGUUGAAUGGUGCAGUCUUGACUCUGGGUGCAUCCCAAAUAGCACCCUAUCCCCUUUAUAGUGCACUAUAUGAGCUCUGGUCAAAAGUAUUAGCGUGCCAUUUGGGAUGCAGCCUUAGACCCGUAUUCACACUGCCUGGGCAGUAGAGUAAUGUCCAAUACAUGCAGUGUAAUUCUAAUGUGUCAUGUUUCUGUUCAAUAAAUAAACAAACUGAAAAUA